AUGUUGACACGGCGGCCUUGCCGUGGGUCGGCGGCCGGCGGCCUUGCCGUGGGUCGGCGGCCGGCGGCCUUGCCGUGGGUCGUCGGCCGGCGGCCUUGCCGUCGGUCGGCGGCCGGCGGCCUUGCCGUUGGACGGCGGCCUUGCCGUUGGCCGGCGGCCUCGCCGUGGGCCGGCGGCCGGCGGCCUCGCCGUGGGCCGGCGGCCGGCGGCCUCGCCGUGGGUCGGCGGCCUUGCCGUUGGUCGGCGGCCUUGCCGUUGAUCGGCGGCCGGCGGCCGGCGGCCUUGCCGUUGAUCGGCGGCCGGCGGCCGGCGGCCUUGCCGUUGAUCGGCGGCCGGCGGCCGGCGGCCUUGCCGUUGGACGGCGGCCUUGCCGUUGGCCGGCGGCCGGCGGCCGGCGGCCUUGCCGUUGGUCCGGGGCCGGCGGCCUUGCCGUUUGUCGUCGGCCGGCGGCCUUGCCGUUGGUCGGCGGCCUUGCCGUUGGUCGGCGGCCGGCGGCCUUGCCGUUGGUCGGCGGCCGGCGGCCAGCGGCCUUGCCAUUGGUCAGCGGCCGGCGGCCUUGCCGUUGGUCGGCGGCCGGCGACCGGCGGCCUUGCCGUUGGUCGGCGGCCGGCGGCCGGCGGCCUUGCCGGUGGUCGGCGACCUUGCCGUUGGUCGGAGGCCUUGCCGUUGAUCGGCGGCCGGCGGCCUUGCCGUUGGACGGCGGCCUUGCCGUUGGCCGGCGGCCGGCGGCUUUGCCGUUGGUCGGCGGCCGGCGGCCUUGCCGUUGGUCCGGGGCCGGCGGCCUUGCCGUUUGUCGUCGGCCGGCGGCCUUGCCGUUGGUCGGCGGCCGGCGGCCUUGCCGUGGGUCGGCGGCCGGCGGCCUUGCCGUGGGUCGGCGGCCGGCGGCCUUGCCGUGGGUCGGCGGCCGGCGGCCUUGCCGUGGGUCGGCGGCCGGCGGCCUUGCCGUGGGUCGGCGGCCGGCGGCCUUGCCGUUGGUCGGCGGCCUUGCCGUUGGUCGGCGGCCUUGCCGUUGAUCGGCGGCCGGCGGCCUUGCCGUUGGACGGCGGCCUUGCCGUUGGCCGGCGGCCGGCGGCUUUGCCGUUGGUCGGCGGCCGGCGGCCUUGCCGUUGGUCCGGGGUCGGCGGCCUUGCCGUUUGUCGUCGGCCGGCGGCCUUGCCGUUGGUCGGCGGCCGGCGGCCUUGCCGUUGGUCGGCGGCCGGCGGCCGGCGGCCUUGCCGUUGGUCGGCGGCCGGCGGCCUUGCCGUUGGUCGGCGGCCGGCGACCGGCGGCCUUGCCGUUGGUCGGCAGCCGGUGGUCGGCGGCCUUGCCGUUGGUCGGCGGCCUUGCCGUUGGCCGGCGGCCGGCGGCUUUGCCGUUCAUCGGCGGCCGGCGGUCGGCGGCCUUGCCGUUCAUCGGCGGCCAGCGGCCGGCGGCCUUGCCGUGGGUCGGCGGCCGGCGGCCUUGCCGUGGGUCGGCGGCCGGCGGCCUUGCCGUGGGUCGGCGGCCGGCGGCCUUGCCGUGGGUCGGCGGCCGGCGGCCUUGCCGUGGGUCGGCGGCCGGCGGCCUUGCCGUGGGUCGGCGGCCGGCGGCCUUGCCGUUGGUCGGCGGCCUUGCCGUUGGUCGGCGGCCUUGCCGUUGAUCGGCGGCCGGCGGCCGGCGGCCUUGCCGUUGGACGGCGGCCUUGCCGUUGGCCGGCGGCCGGCGGCCUUGCCGUUGGUCGGCGGCCGGCGGCCUUGCCGUUGGUCCGGGGCCGGCGGCCUUGCCGUUUGUCGUCGGCCGGCGGCCUUGCCGUUGGUCGGCGGCCUUGCCGUUGGUCGGCGGCCGGCGGCCUUGCCGUUGGUCGGAGGCCGUUGGUCGGCGGCCUUGCCAUUGGUCGGCGGCCGGCGGCCUUGCCGUUGGUCGGCGGCCGGCGACCGGCGGCCUUGCCGUUGGUCGGCGGCCGGCGGCCGGCGGCCUUGCCGGUGGUCGGCGGCCUUGCCGUUGGUCGGCGGCCUUGCCGUUGGCCAGCGGCCGGCGGCUUUGCCGUUCAUCGGCGGCCGGCGGCCGGCGGCCUUGCCGUUGGUCGGCGGCCGGCGGCCUUGCCGUUGGCCGGCGGCCUUGCCGUUGGCCGGCGGCCGGCGGCCUUGCCGUUGGCCGGGGGCAGGCGGCCUUGCCGUUGGCCGGCGGCCGGCGGCCUUGCCGUGGGCCGGCGGCCUUGCCGUUGGUCGGCGGCCGGCGGCGAUGCCGUUGGUCGGCGGCCGGCGGCCUUGCCGUUGGUCGGCGGCCGGCGCCCUUGCCGUUGGUCGUCGGCCUGCGGCCGGCGGCCUUGCCGUUGGUCGUCGGCCGGCGGCCGGCGGCCGGGCCGUUGGUCGGCGGCCGGCGGCCGGCGGCCUUGCCGUUGGUCGGCGGCCGGCGGCCUUGCCGUUGGUCGGCGGCCGGCGGCCAGGCCGUUGGUCCGCCGCCGGCGGCCGGCGGCCGGCGGCCUCGCCGUUGGUCGGCGGCCGGCGGCCGGCGGCCUCGCCGUGGGCCGGCGGUCGGCGGCCGCCUUGCCGUUGGACGGCGGCCUUGCCGUUGGCCGGCGGCCGGCGGCCUUGCCGUUGGUCGGCGGCCGGUGGCCGGCGGCCUUGCCGUUGGUCAGCGACCUGCGGCCUUGCCGUUGGUCGGCGGCCGGCGGCGAUGCCGUUGGUCGGCGGCCGGCGGCCUUGCCGUUGGUCGGCGGCCGGCGGCCUUGCCGUUGGUCGUCGGCCGGCGGCCGGCGGCCUUGCCGUUGGUCGUCGGCCGGCGGCCGGCGGCCGGGCCGUUGGUCGGCGGCCGGCGGCCGGCGGCCUUGCCGUUGGUCGGAGGCCUUGCCGUUGGUCGGCGGCCGGCUGCCUUGCCGUUGGUCGGCGGCCGGCUGCCUUGCCGUUGGUCGGCGGCCGGCUGCCUUGCCGUUGGUCGGCGGCCGGCAGCCGGCGGCCUUGCCGUGGGUCGGCGGCCGGCGGCCUUGCCGUUGGUCGGCGGCCGGCGGCCUUGUUGUUGGUCGGCGGCCGGCGGCCUUGCCGUUGGCCGGCGGCCUUGCCGCUGGUCGGCGUCCGGCGGCCUUGCCGUUGGUCGGUGGCCGACGGCCGGCGGCCUUGCCGGUGGUCGGCGGCCUUGCCGUUGGUCGGCGGCCUUGCCGUUGGCCGGCGGCUGGCGGCCUUGCCGUUGAUCGGCGGCCGGCGGCCGGCGGCCUUGCCGUUGGUCGGCGGCCGGCGGCCUUGCCGUUGGCCAGCGGCCGGCGGCUUUGCCGUUCAUCGGCGGCCGGCGGCCGGCGGCCUUGCCGUUGGUCGGCGGCCGGCGGCCUUGCCGUUGGCCGGCGGCCUUGCCGUUGGCCGGCGGCCGGCGGCCUUGCCGUUGGCCGGGGGCAGGCGGCCUUGCCGUUGGCCGGCGGCCGGCGGCCUUGCCGUGGGCCGGCGGCCUUGCCGUUGGUCGGCGGCCGGCGGCGAUGCCGUUGGUCGGCGGCCGGCGGCCUUGCCGUUGGUCGGCGGCCGGCGCCCUUGCCGUUGGUCGUCGGCCUGCGGCCGGCGGCCUUGCCGUUGGUCGUCGGCCGGCGGCCGGGCCGUUGGUCGGCGGCCGGCGGCCGGCGGCCUUGCCGUUGGUCGGCGGCCGGCGGCCUUGCCGUUGGUCGGCGGCCGGCGGCCAGGCCGUUGGUCCGCCGCCGGCGGCCGGCGGCCGGCGGCCUCGCCGUUGGUCGGCGGCCGGCGGCCGGCGGCCUCGCCGUGGGCCGGCGGUCGGCGGCCGCCUUGCCGUUGGACGGCGGCCUUGCCGUUGGCCGGCGGCCGGCGGCCUUGCCGUUGGUCGGCGGCCGGUGGCCGGCGGCCUUGCCGUUGGUCAGCGACCUGCGGCCUUGCCGUUGGUCGGCGGCCGGCGGCGAUGCCGUUGGUCGGCGGCCGGCGGCCUUGCCGUUGGUCGGCGGCCGGCGGCCUUGCCGUUGGUCGUCGGCCGGCGGCCGGCGGCCUUGCCGUUGGUCGUCGGCCGGCGGCCGGCGGCCGGGCCGUUGGUCGGCGGCCGGCGGCCGGCGGCCUUGCCGUUGGUCGGAGGCCUUGCCGUUGGUCGGCGGCCGGCUGCCUUGCCGUUGGUCGGCGGCCGGCUGCCUUGCCGUUGGUCGGCGGCCGGCUGCCUUGCCGUUGGUCGGCGGCCGGCAGCCGGCGGCCUUGCCGUGGGUCGGCGGCCGGCGGCCUUGCCGUUGGUCGGCGGCCGGCGGCCUUGUUGUUGGUCGGCGGCCGGCGGCCUUGCCGUUGGCCGGCGGCCUUGCCGCUGGUCGGCGUCCGGCGGCCUUGCCGUUGGUCGGUGGCCGACGGCCGGCGGCCUUGCCGGUGGUCGGCGGCCUUGCCGUUGGUCGGCGGCCUUGCCGUUGGCCGGCGGCUGGCGGCGGCCGGCGGCCGGCGGCCUUGCCGUUGGUCGGCGGCCGGCGGCCUUGCCGUUGGUCGGCGGCCGGCGGCGAUGCCGUUUGUCGUCGGCCGGCGGCCUUGCCGUUGGUCGGCGGCCUUGCCGUUGGUCGGCGACAGGCGGCCGGCGGCCUUGCCGUUGGUCGGCGGCCUUGCCGUUGGCCGGCGGCCUUGCCGUUGGCCGGCGGCCUUGCCGUUGGACGGCGGCCUUGCCGUUGGCCGGAGGCCGGCGGCCUUGCCGUUGGUCGGCGGCCGGCGGCGAUGCCGUUGGUCGGCGGCCGGCGGCCUUGCCGUUGGUCGUCGGCCUGCGGCCAGCGGCUUUCGGAUGGCCCAUCUUGGUUCGCGCGAACAGAAAAGUUCGGCGCCCGCGAUGGCGGCCGUGCCUCACGAGAAAUGCUAA